AAAUCAUCACCAAGCAAGCACGACUUUUAACUGGGCCAUUAUUCACUGCACUUAAAUGGGUGCUAUUUAAUUUCAAGUGAAGUCGAGUGAUUUAAAUUAAAUCAUUUAUUUAAUACCCAACUAACUGCCUAAAGUUACACCCAAAUAACUUACAAAAUCGCACAAAAUUUGACCACUUUCAUCCAUUCAAAGAACAUACUAUUAUUACUUAUAAAGAGGUAAUGAUGGCACAAGGAUCAAAGUCAGAAUGGAGAUGUAUUCGAAAUCUUGGGAAUGGAAGUUUUGGAGUCGUCGAGCUAUGGAAAAAUACAAAAACUGGGAAAAUGAACGCCGUGAAACGCUUUGAAAUUCGUAAAUCCGGCCAAAGCAGUGAAAAAAUGACGGAAAAGUAUAAGAGGCUUUGGAGGAAAGAAGUCGAAUUAAUGACCACUAUUCAACAUUGUCCGUACAUUGUGUCAGCAGAACCAGUCCCUGAAGAAGUUUCAAAUACUUUAGGUGGAACUGUUGUGGUCCCUCCGAUCUUGUUUAUGGAGUAUUGCCAAGGAGGAAAUCUUCGAAAUAUAUUGAAGCUUCCAGAGAAUAUAUGUGGUUUACGGGAAACUGAUGUUCUCACAGUGUUGGAUCACAUUUCAAAAGCUAUUAUCUUUCUUCAUAAGAAUGACAUUGUGCACAGAGACUUGAAGCCAGAUAAUAUUCUGAGAUUCAUUGACACGGGAAAUAAGAUAAUUUACAAACUUAGUGAUUUGGGAUUUGCUAAAGACGUGUCAAAAACCCAGAAUCAGUGUAGCACAUUUGUUGGAACCCCACAAUAUUUAGCACCUGAAAUUUACAUGGGAAAGUCAUAUGACAAGACCGUAGACUAUUGGAGUUUCGGGAUCAUUGCGUUCGAGAUUAUGUGCGGAAUUCGGCCAUUUUUACACGGAGAGUCACCAGCUAAUUGGCUGCCACUUGUUGAAGAAAAAGCAAAAGAUGUUGUUUGCAUUUAUAGAAAUAAUGAUGGAAAGAUUGUCUUCUCGAACACAAUCCCCUUCCACACACAUUUACCUGACGCCAUGAAAGAGUGCUUGACAGCUUGGUUAAGAACAAUGCUUCAGUUAGAUCCAGCUCGUCGUGGUCGAAGAAUUACAACGACGACACCAGAACACAACUCUCUCGGUACAAUUAAUGAAGGUUCAUCGUCACCCCCUUCAUCAGAUCUUCUCAAUUUGAAGCUACUUAGCGUAACGCUAUCUACAAAGUUUCUAGAAAUUCAGGCCAUUAAAGAAAUACUAGUCUUUCCCAUUGGAGAAUCGGGUCAUACAAAGAUUUCGGACAUUAAUCAAAGAAUUGCUGUCAAAACUGGUUUAAUUCAGGAAAACCAGCUUAUCUUGACUUGUGAUGGGAUCGAAGUUUUGAAGACGGACGUUGCUUCGAAAUAUAUUGGGAUGGAUUUGUACCUGGUUCCUCGAUCUGUAGACCUGAUCAGAUUAAAGGUUCGGUUUCCAACUGCCGUAAACAAUUUCAUACUUCAAUGGGACAGUUUGAAGGACCCCACGAAACUGAGAAAAAUCUGGGCUUGUGCAAUUUUCUAUUUGCAAGCAGAGUUACGGAAAAUUGGGAUAGUGAAAAAAACUAUUGAGGCUCUCAAAUUAUGGUGCUCCAUAAAUUACACUAAUCAAAUUAAGGCGCUGCAAAUCGAAAUUGAAAAAGCUGGAUCUAGUCUGGGAACAGUUUUAGAACUCGAAGGAAGAUUGGAGUCGAUCGAUGCUCAGUAUUUUAAUGGAACCAAGUCAUCAGAGCAAAAUAAAUUAGAAGAAGGUGACCAGAGCUCGGGAACUCGCUUUUGGAGCGCUGAGAUGACCAAGUUACACAAUCAUUACAGAGGCUAUUUUGACACGUGGACUGACAACAUCGUUCUUAAGCCUGUACUAACUACGGAACUGGAAGAAUUGUACUACAAAGUGUUAAAAGCCUGCAGUGAUUGGAAAUCGUCCGAUACCAGCUCUUCCCCGUUUUGUUAUACUGAGAUUCUACUUCGAAGUGUUUGUCAGUUUAUUGUGAAAGGAAAUGAAAUUGAUGACGCCAUCUUAUAUAAUAUAAGAACCCAACUUGACAAAGUAAAAUCCGACGCAAAGCUAAUGGAGGAAAUGAAAUCAGUGGUAACACAAUUGAAUCAGUUAACUGCCAACAUCCUACAACAACGGUGUAGCAAACAGUCUCUGAUGGUGCAAAUGUUGAGUGGAAUUGCUGACCCCCCAAGUGGCGAUGUUCACCAGAAAGAAAAUUCUCCACCCAACAGUACAAAUCCUGCCAAAAGUCCAAACCCUUACACUGUUCGUGGCGGUGGAUAUCGUCCCACCUCUUCAACCAUGCUGAAUAACAGAGUGUCUCAAUCAACGCUUUCACCCACGUUAGAAGAGACUGAAACCAAAACUGGGGCAAAGAUGAGCGUUAGUCUCAACACAGGGUUUAAGAUUUUGGAUCAAUGUCCCCUCGUCACCAGACUGAUGCAGGAGUCGCAAAUCUUGAAAGUGCAGACGGAGGUAUCAAUCAACAGCUUAAGUGACUCGAUGGAAGAAAUUAAGGAAAUUCGUAAGGAGCAGGAUGCCAUCAAGUGGGAUUUUUUGGACAAUAAUAAUUUGGCUUAAAGAAAAUAUUUCUUGGAUUAAUGCACCAUGUGUAAUAAUCACAUCACCCAAGUAUUUAUGUUGUCUAGUCCUAAGCAUUACACAUUUAAUAACGCACUUCGUUACUUCAUUUUGUUAGCCAUACCAGUUAUGUAUCAGCAUGAUACUUUAUGUUUUAAGCUGUAUAUAAUUCAGUGUUUUCAUGAAAGAUAACUACCAAUUAACUAUUUUAAGAUUUAAACUUGUCUACCGCACCAGACGAGCUUUUUACAAGUGUUCCCUCAUUCGCGAUUUUACCCAAAAAGCCGUGAAAGCUCGUCACCACUAACGCCUACAAGCUUGCAUUUAUUCUUUAUAUUUGUCGUCCGUUUUAAAAUGUGUAUAUGAACAUGUAUCCUGUAUAUUAUUUUAAGAACAAUAAGUGUAUUUUCUCGUGCAUUUUUGGGAAAAAAUAACAUUCGUUUUAAACAA